AUGUCAAAUUCACUUGCAUCAGCUUUAAAACAAGGACAAAAGAUAAACUAUGACAGAUGUCACUCGAAAUUGAAGUCAGUGAAGCCUUUACAUGAUGAAAAUAAAGAAGUUGAAGAUGAAGUGAAAAUUAGAAAGAUUUUGUAUCCAUCAACGAGACGAAAGUAUCCUAAAUGUUGUCAUCAGAAUGAUUUUGUUCUGUCACGAGAGAACUUGUCAUCAGAAGAUUAUCUGAAUUUUCUUUCUAAGCCAAAGAAACGAGUUCCUGAAGGAUUUCCAAGAUGGAUUGAAAAGAAAAUUCCACCAUGCACGAAUCUGAUAAACAGUUUAGCACAUCCUAAGAUGCACAAACUACUUGAAACAUUUCAAACUCAUCUCCAUCAUUUGUCUAUCUUUGAAAUUGAAAGUUUUCUCAAGAAAAUGUUCGAGAAAGAUUAUUUGACACCAGAAGAAGUUUUUCGUUCAACAAAGCAAACAAACAUUGAAAACAAAGUGAGAGCCCAAAGAAGAUUAAAGAAAAUGAAAAAACUUUGUCGAAGAAUUGAAUGUCAAAGCAAGAAAGAAGAACAAAAUUAUAUCAAGAACAUUAUCGAAAAGCUAACAUGCUCAACUUUAAAUCAACAAGAAAGUCAUGAACCGCAAAGUAAACUAACCGAAGACAUUCUAACUCAAAUUUGUCUUAUAAUGAAACAAAAAGUUCCACAAAAGAACUCACAUGAUUUAAUCGGUCAAAUAUUUUAUAAACUAGCAAAUAAAAUAGCGUCAAGUUUAGAAGAUUUGAUUACAGAAAGUGGAUUCAAAAUAAUCUCUUCAAAUGACAACUUCGAAUGUGAUGCUGGAAAGCGAAAGAAUUGUUUGGAAAUUGUCCAAUAUCAAUCAGAAGUCUCUGAACGAAAUGAAAACGAAUCGGAAACUAAAGAAUACGAAAGUGAAGAGGACACUGAAAGUGAUGAAGAUUCUGAUGGCGAAUUUGAUCAAAGUAAGGAUAAUCAAAAUGAUGAAUUGGAAGAAAUUGAAAGAAAAAUUUCAUUUUUAAAUAAUUCGCAAGUCAACUUCGACGUCGAUGAAUGUCGUGAACUUCUUAACAAGGCUGAAGCUUUAUUAGCAGCAAUUGCUAAACGAGCCGAAGGAAAAGCAGCGAGAAAAGCUAAACGCGAUGCUGUCAAAAAGGCGAAAAAGAAGAAUAAAGGAGGCAUGGAAUGUCUCGGUAAUGUCAACAGAAAACCACAAUGGCAAGUCGAAUGGAGUGAGAAAAAAUAA